UUGGUAUGGUUUAGUUUGUCCGAAUCUGAUUGUAGUUCUCAUAAAACCCAGUCACGAUGGUGCCUCCUCCGUUUCCUUCACUUGAAAUCUAUAUAUAUCAGCUGGUUGAAAGCAUGAUUGAUCCUCAGAAGUCAGUUUAUCAUUUUAUAAAGCGUAGAAAGAUUCCCGAAGAUGGCUUCCUCCGAUGCUGUUGUCGCGCAAUCGCUCUCGACUUGGCUUCUGUAAUGGCCAGCGACCGGAAAACGGAGAAAGAUGUUUCUGCCGAUUCUCUUUCUUGUGUGCUUUGCUCGAAUGGGAUAGAAGGGGAAAAUCAAAAAGCCGAGCCCGAGAAUAAAGGAAGUCGGGACGCAAUAGAAAUUAAGUCUGCUACUCAGUAUCUAAAGGUCAUGAAUCUGCCAACUCAUAUCUGACAGAGGAAGAAAGAGUCAUGAAAGAGCAGAGUGAAUUCAUGGGAAUCUACUCCUCCACGAUUUGAGAUCAUCAUCGAGAUAUGCGUUUGCACAUUGAGGAAAUGUCUUACUGGUGAGCCAUUCAUUACUCUUUACCAUGUUGUUAUCAUAGUUAUGUAUUUAGCACCUGCAAGUUGUCUGUCUUCAGAAUUAGUUUGUGAAUCUCGCAAUGUAGUUUUCUGUGAUCACGUUUAUGUUUUUUUGUUGAAACUGAUUUGAUAACACAUUGGUCUGAACAUGAGCUUCUUGCGUUGAGUGAGCGGAUUGGAACUGUAAACACUGGUUUGACAGAGGAAGAUGUCAAGAGCCAUCUUAAAAGAAGAACAUGUUCUGUAAUCAACUUUGCAGAAGAAUCACCCUCGUCUCCGCAAACUAAAGAUAAAACUGAACCUUGCACCAUAUGUCAGGAAACAAAAUAUAGCCAAAGAUGAAGCUUUUAAAGGCUGCACAUGCUUGGGUUUUAAGAGAUGUCUUAACUUUUUUUUUUUUUUGCAGGAAAACUUCAAGAAUGAAAAAAAGAUUGCUACUUUGGAUUGUGGGCAUGAGUAUCAUGCUGAAUGCUUGGAGAAAUGGCUGAUUGUGAAAAACCUUUGCCCUAUCUGUAAAUCAGAAGCAUUGGCCAUGGAGAAGAGAAACGUAGAAUAGGAAGAAGAAUGACUUCUUUUAAUCUAAUGGGUUUAUUUAUAUAUAUUUAUUUAAAAAAAAGGAAACUUACAUGAAUAGAAGAAAACUGAGUUUUAUUUUCAGCUCCAAAAGGAUUCUGUAAAUUUGUACAUUUUUUGUUUGUUUGUGAACAUAACAAUGUGUGAAUGGUCAAAGACUCUCUUGCACU